CCCGGCCCGGCGGAGCGGAGCGGAGCGGGCGGCGGCGCCGGCGGCCGCUCCCCCCAUGGGCUGGGCACCAUGCCGGUGCGCCGCGGGCACGUCGCCCCCCAGAACACCUUCCUCGACACCAUCAUCCGCAAGUUCGAGGGGCAGAGCCGCAAGUUCAUCAUCGCCAACGCCCGGGUGGAGAACUGCGCGGUGAUUUACUGCAACGAUGGCUUCUGCGAGCUCUGCGGGUACACGCGCGCCGAGGUCAUGCAGAAGCCCUGCACCUGCGACUUCCUCUACGGGCCCCGCACGCAGCGCAGCGCGGCCGCCCAGAUCGCCCAGGCCCUGCUGGGCUCCGAGGAGCGCAAGGUGGAGAUCUGCUUCUACCGCAAGGACGGCAGCUGCUUCUUGUGCCUGGUGGACGUGGUGCCGGUGAAGAACGAGGAUGGGGCCGUCAUCAUGUUCAUCCUGAACUUCGAGGUGGUGAUGGAGAAGGAGCGCCUGGGCUCGCCCGACAAGGACACCAACCACUGGGUCACCCCCACCAACUGGUUCCCAGCAGGGCGCAGCAAGUCCUUCAAGCUGAAGCUGCCGGCCCUGCUGGCGCUGACGGCCAGCAAGCAGUCGCUGCCGCAGGAGCCCCCCGACGCCGUCAUCGUGGACUUCUCCAAGCACAGCAGCGAGUCGGCCCCCGACGAGGCCACCUCGUCCCUGGAGAACAGCUGCCUGGGCUGCUCCCAGCCCGAGGACCAGAAGGCGCUGAUGGAGCUGGAGGAGGGCGAGGCGGAGGGGCGCCCGGAGCCGCCCGUCACCCACUCCUCGCCCCGCGCCGACCGCCUCAACCUGCACGCCUCCUUCUCCAACUGCAGCCUGACGCGGAGCCGCUCCCGCGAGAGCUUCCACAGCGUCCGCCGGGCCUCCUCCGUCGACGACAUCGAGACCAUGAAGGGCGAGGGCGACAAGCGGUGCCACAACCGGCACGCCAGCGCGGGGGCCGGCAUGCACCGCGGCUCCAGCACAGGGGCCAUGAACAACGUCCGCAGCACCCUGCUCAACUCCACCUCCGACUCGGACCUCAUGCGCUACCGGGCCAUCAGCAAGAUCCCCCAGAUCACCCUCAACUUCGUGGACUUCAAGGCAGACGCCUUCCUGGCCGCCCCCUCCAGCGAGAAGGAGAUCAUCGCCCCCACCAAGCUGAAAGACCGCACGCACAACGUGACCGAGAAGGUCACCCAGGUGCUCUCCCUCGGCGCCGACGUGCUCCCGGAGUACAAGCUGCAAGCCCCACGCAUCCACAAAUGGACCAUCCUGCACUACAGCCCCUUCAAGGCGGUGUGGGACUGGCUCAUCCUGCUGCUGGUCAUCUACACGGCCAUCUUCACGCCCUACUCGGCCGCCUUCCUGCUCAACGACCAGGAGGAGGCCCAGCGCCGCAACUGCGGCUACUCCUGCAGCCCGCUCAACGUGGUCGACCUCAUCGUGGACAUCAUGUUCAUCAUCGACAUCCUCAUCAACUUCCGCACCACCUACGUCAACUCCAACGAGGAGGUGGUGAGCCACCCCGCCAAGAUCGCCAUCCACUACUUCAAGGGCUGGUUCCUCAUCGACAUGGUCGCUGCCAUCCCCUUCGACCUGCUCAUCUUCGGCUCCGGCUCUGAGGAGACCACCACCUUGAUCGGGCUGCUGAAGACGGCGCGGCUGCUGCGCCUGGUGCGGGUGGCCCGCAAGCUGGACCGCUACUCGGAGUACGGGGCGGCCGUGCUCUUCCUCCUCAUGUGCACCUUCGCCCUCAUCGCCCACUGGCUGGCCUGCAUCUGGUACGCCAUCGGCAACGUGGAGGGGCAGCGCAUCGGCUGGCUCCACUCGCUGGGCGACCAGAUCGGCAAGCCCUUCAACGACAGCAACCCGCUCUACGGCCCCACCAUCAAGGACAAGUACGUCACGGCCCUCUACUUCACCUUCAGCAGCCUGACCAGCGUGGGCUUCGGCAACGUCUCGCCCAACACCAACUCCGAGAAGAUCUUCUCCAUCUGCGUCAUGCUCAUCGGCUCCCUGAUGUACGCCAGCAUCUUCGGGAACGUGUCGGCCAUCAUCCAGCGGCUGUACUCGGGCACGGCACGCUACCACACGCAGAUGCUGCGGGUGCGCGAGUUCAUCCGCUUCCACCAGAUCCCCAACCCGCUGCGGCAGCGCCUGGAGGAGUACUUCCAGCACGCCUGGUCCUACACCAAUGGCAUCGACAUGAACGCGGUGCUGAAGGGCUUCCCCGAGUGCCUGCAGGCCGACAUCUGCCUGCACCUCAACCGCAGCCUGCUGCAGAACUGCAAGCCCUUCAAGGGGGCCACCAAGGGCUGCCUGCGCGCCCUGGCCAUGAAGUUCAAGACCACGCAUGCCCCCCCCGGCGACACGCUGGUGCACGCCGGCGACGUGCUCACCGCCCUCUACUUCAUCUCCCGCGGCUCCAUCGAGAUCCUCCGCGGGGACGUGGUCGUGGCCAUCCUGGGGAAGAACGACAUCUUUGGGGAGCCGCUGAACCUGUACGCGCGGCCGGGCAAGUCCAACGCGGACGUGCGGGCGCUGACCUACUGCGACCUGCACAAGAUCCACCGCGAGGACCUGCUGGAGGUGCUGGACAUGUACCCCGAGUUCUCCGACCACUUCUGGUCCAGCCUGGAGAUCACCUUCAACCUGCGCGACACGAACAUGAUCCCCGGCUCCCCGGGCAGCGACGACCUGGACGGCGGCUUCAACCGCCUGCGCAAGCGCAAGCUCUCCUUCCGCCGGCGCACGGAGAAAGACGCCGAGAGCGCCGGGGAGCUGCGGAGCGGGCAGAAGGCGCUGCGGCUGGGCCGGCACGGCCAGGCGCCGGGGGCACCGCGGGGGCCGGCCGAGUGGGAGCCGUGCCGCUCCAGCUCGCCGUCCAGCUCGCCGUCCAGCGACGAGGACGAGCGCCCCGUGCCCGGCCCUGGCGCCGCCGCCCUCUCGCCCUUCCACACCGCCCGCCCGGGCGGCGAGACCCCCGCGCCCGCCGACGCCGACGAGCGCGACCGCGGCGACGUCUGCAACCCCCUCUCAGGAGCCUUCUCGGGGGUCUCCAACAUCUUCAGCUUCUGGGGGGAGAGCCGGGGGCGGCAGUACCAGGAGCUGCCGCGCUGCACCAUCCCGGCGCACGCGGCGCUCAGCAUCCCGCUGCCCUCGCUGAGCCGCCGCCAGCGCUCCGAGGUGGAGACGCGCCUCGACCUGCUCCAGAAGCAGCUCAACAGGCUGGAGACGCGCAUGGCGGCGGACAUCGGCUCCAUCAUGCAGCUGCUGCAGCGGCAGGCGGUGCCGGUGCCGCCCGCCUACAGCACCGUGUCGUCGCCGCAGCAGGCGCCGGGCGCCGCGGGCCCGCUGCAGCCCGUCCUCCCCAUCACCGCCAUCCAGCCGCUCUCUCAGGUUCCCGGCUUCCCGGCGCCGCUGGAGCUGCCGCGCCGCAGCGCCCCGGACCCGCGCGGAGAGCCGCCACCGCCGCCGCCGCCGGACGUGGUGCUGCUGGUGGAGCCGGCGGCGGUGCCGCCGCGGCGCCGCUCCCUGCCCGGACAGCUGCCCGCGGCGCCGGGCGCACAGACCCUGCACAGACACUGCUCCGACCCCGGGAGUUAAUCGGCAGGGCCGGGACGGGGCCCGGAGCCCCGGAGCUGCGGGACACCGAGCCCCGUCCCCAGGACGCCGGGCGGGGGCUGCCGGGGCCGCCGUCCCCCACGGACCGUCCGUGCCGCGGGCGCCAGGCAGCGGGA